AUGUUCCCGGGCGUUGACCCUUCCACGGUUCGGCAACUUUUGCUCCAGCAUACGUUUCUGCCGCUUGUCUCGAUCCAUUCUACCCACAGCGCCGAUGCGCUUUUCCAGAGCGAAUGCCAGUCAGCUCUGACCUCCGUGCUCCAGGUUUUCAGACCCUACGGCAACAACGCCAAGUACGGCAUCCCGAACCAGGGAUACAAAAUUACAAACACCCAGCUAGUUACACGCACGUAUGGGCUGUUUCCUGUGCGGUUUGAACCGCUGUUGUCUGAAUUGUUGACGGUGCAUCAUCAGGCAGACGAUAAGCUUCGAGGGCUCUUCAGUCUCUCGUCAUUAGAGCUUCUCAUGAAGCACAGAGCUCAGGACCAGGCGCAGGCGCCGGAAAACUUGUACACGAGUAUGUUUCGGAAAGUCAUCACCUCAAACAGAAUAGUUCUGUUUGACACGCUCAACCAUCCCGUGGCACAGCUUUUCGUGAUCGAUGCUGCUACAGACUCGGUCGAAUCGCUUCGGCUGGCUAUAGUGGAGUUCCGCAACUUCAAUUUCCCGCGGUAUUUCCAGACGGCCGAUCUUCUAGUCCAUGUCAUAGUGUUGUAUGAUACUCGUACAACGGACGAAAACCUGGUGGCUCCCAUGCUUGCGGCGAUAAGACUGACACUCUCGGUUUCUGCAUCGACAAUCCCUAUGUUCCAGGCCUGUUCUGAGAAUGUACGUAUGUCCAAGGUGGAAAAUGCUACCGUAGAGGAAGAUGUGCAGCGCAUCUCCAUGCCUGAAGACGAGUAUCUCACUCUCCCCAAAACGCUCGACUCGACGCUUCGAAGCAAGCUACACGAGUUCAUCUCGCGAACUUUGGUGCCCCACAUGGAACGCAAAAUCCGGCUUUGGGAUGAUCUGGUGUUGGCGCCUAAAAAGUCUAUCACGGGCCGUUUCUUUUCUGUCUCACGGAAGAUCUUCAACGCCAAUGAGCUGGCUGACCAGCAUUUGGCAGGCUCUUACAACCAUAAUGGGAACUACUACUAUCGGCUGUCACCUGAGCAGUCCAUUAGAAAACUAGCAGAUUGGUCACUAAUGCUUAAAGAUUUCAAGUACGCCUAUUCCACUUAUGAUCUCAUCAAAAAAGACUACACUAAUGAUAAGGCGUGGCUCUAUGUUGCGGCAGCACAGGAAAUGUGCAUUAUCUCGCUUUUACUCGCUCAGACUCAGCCCCUUGCAUCUGAUGUCAUGCCUCAAGUUCCCAGCAGGAACACCUUGCGCAAAAUCCGUCAUGAUAUUAUUGAGCCGUACAUUGACAACUUGACAUACACGUUCAAGUCGCGGUUCAAUGUGACCACAUACGCCAUUAAAACUUAUUUGGUGGUGGCAGAGCUACUUCUCAAUAUGAGCGUCAUGUUCAAUCUCUCACACUGGUGGGCAGAUCUCAUUGAACGGUACUUUCUCACAUGUAUGGCAGAGAUAGACGCUUACCUUGCCUCUUCUGACUCUCCGCAUGUGUCGAGGGCUAUUUUAUAUGAACGCCUUGGAUAUUCAACAGCCCGAGCCGUUUUUGUUCCCGAUGGAUACAGAGACGCUGUUGAAACGAUGCAAACAGUGCUGGCAGGGGAAACAAAGAAAUCGUUCUCAUCUGAAACUGAAAAGACUGAGACUACAUCUGUUUCAGAGAGCACAAAGUCAGACGAGUACAUCAACCAAAAUAAAUUGCCUUGCGAAGCAGACACCAGCUUCAAGGGGCUCACCCGAAAGCGCAAAAGUGCACUUUGGUAUAUACUUUCCAUGCGAGAAUGGCUCUUACUCAACAAUAAUCGUCAGAUUGAGCGCUUACUACGCAGCAUUGAAGAGAAGUAUGAUAUUUCAAGCAAUACAGCCAAUUGGUAUGAUCGAGAAGAUUUAAUUUUGGCUCACAUCAAGGCCAGGCUGCAAAUUCCCGUUGUGUCCAAUGACUGA